AUAUAUAUAUAUAUAUUGUUUUGGUUUAUUUGAUUUUUUCAUUCUAGAUUUGUUCCUAAUGAAAGCUGCAGCAGAUAUCCUUCCUGAGGACAUCCAGAAGCUCUUCAGAGAAGUUGAAGAUUACCUGGAAAGCCUACAGAAUGAAAGCCUUAGUGCUAGAGCACGGGUACAGAGAGAUGAAAUCCUAUUUGAUAUUGAACAACUUAAAGAGAGGUAUCACUGGGGAUUCCUGCCUGGAGAUGCGAACAAUAUACAGAAGGCUACUGAAGAUCAAGGAAUCAUUUUAAAACAAGGAUAUUUGGAAAAGAGAGCUAAAGACUCCAAAAUCUUUGGCUCUGAGUGGCAGAAGCGAUGGUGUGUCCUUGACGAUAUGGCUUUUUACUAUUAUGCAAAUGAAAAAAGCAAACAACCAAAAGGCAUGUUCCCUAUUGAGAACUACCAUGCUCAGCUAGUUCCCUACCUGCGCAAAGAUUCCCGAAGAGAUUGCUGCUUUGAGCUGACUUCUCCUGGUGAACGAACCUAUGAGUUCACAGCUGCUAAUCCUGCAGAAGCUUCAGACUGGGUGGAUCAUAUCACAUUUCUGCUGAAAGAUAUGAACUCCUUUACUAUCCCCUGUGAGGAAGAGGACGAAGAGGAGGAGGAACACAGUAAUACUUAUAAAGAAGAGGCCUAUGAUGAUAUAGAGAGUUUUGAUUCCCCCAGUGUGACAUUUCAUCAGGAUUCCACUUUGGACCUGGAGAAAGAGGAGGCUGUGGAACAGGGCAAAGAGUGCAUUUAUGAAGUUCUUCCAGAUGAGGAACUCAGCUCGUUUGCUCAGGAUGACAGAAAAAAUGCUGGAAACAUCAAACAGAAAGGAUUCAUAAGAAGUUACGAAAAUUAUUAUCAAGGUCUAUGGGACUGCACUGGUAGCCACCCAGAUGAGCUUUCCUUCCAACGGGGAGAUUUGAUGUACAUCAUUAGCAAGGAAUAUAACAUGUAUGGCUGGUGGGUCGGAGAGCUGAACAACAUGGUGGGGAUUGUCCCAAGGAACUAUCUCAUGCCUGCCUAUGAUUUGGAAGAAAGAUGAACGGCAGGAAAAGAUGAUGUGCAUUCCCCUUUCCAUCUCUUUGCUUUGCCAACACAAUGAAGACAGUACCUGGGACCUUUUGGCUAUUCAUAAGAAACAGAUCCACACCGGCAGAAGUCAACUCCAUCAGUCUUUUAUCCCCUUUUAUACUGAAAUAUAGUGCUUUAUCCCCUAAACUUUAGCCAUCAUGUGUUUUCAUUCUGACAUAAGCCCUUCUCCUGGAAUCUUAUUCACAGGCUUCAUCAUCAGACAUGCCUGCCAUAUACUUUAGAAGAUUUGCUGUGAUGGUUUUGGGAGGGAGGGUCUGUUUUCUCAGAACACUCAAGAAAAAGAAGGAUGUCUUGAUGAUAUUGCAGAAUAAAUACUUCUGUCACUCU